AUGUCGCUAAUAUUAAAAGUCGUGCUAAUUAUUAUUCCUAUAACCGUGCGAUGCGUGAAUAUAAACACUAAUCCUCGCGUGAAAGAUAAUAAAGAAUUAAGCCGUGCGUACAAUGUAAACAAUUUAAGACACGCGAUUUGUAAUCAAUUAAUAAAUUCGAAACCGCAUAAGUGUCGCAUUGAUUUAUUGUGGCGUUGCUUGGAUAAAUUGAAACAGUGGAAGAAACGAAGAAAAAUAAAAAACGUGAUCAUUGUUCUGAUAAAGGCAAAUGUCAAAAAUUUACGAUUUAAAAGAAGUUUCGAUGCCACAAAUGAAACUUUCAUUCUAAAUUCGUCAAGUACGUCAGAGAUAUAUACAGAUAACACAAAUAAUUCAUCAUCCAUAGUUGAAAAAUUCAAAGAACAGUGGCCGGUACAUUUUUGGCGGCGCUAUGGAUUGUUUACUGACGAAUACCUGCUACUAAUAAAUCCGCAUUGGCUGCAGUUUUCCCCACCUGCUCCAGUUAUCCACUACACACUUGGAAGCAUCUAUAUUACCAUGUUAGCUGCAGGCUGUUCAGGGAAUAUGCUGGUGCUUUACAUGUAUUGUAGAUGUCGUGCUCUGCGGACACCGGGCAACAUCCUUGUCGCCAACCUUGCUCUCAGCGAUUUCUUAAUGCUUGCUAAAACGCCGAUUUUUAUUUUUAACUCUUUUAACCUCGGACCGGCAUUGGGAAAAACGGGUUGCGUCGUCUACGGUUUUCUAGGCGGUCUAACGGGAACUACUUCCAUCGCAACACUAACUGCAAUAGCAUUAGACCGAUAUUGGGCAGUUGUACGUCCAUUAGAACCUCUCAGAGCCCUUACUGCUAUUCGCGCUCGUUUGUUAGCGGUUGCAGCCUGGUUAUACGCUGCAUUAUUUUCUGCAAUACCAGCUUUAGAUAUUGGAUAUGGGCGUUACGUUCCAGAGGGUUAUCUAACUAGUUGCAGCUUCGACUAUCUAACUGAAGAAGUGGGAGCUCGUUAUUUCAUCUUCACGUUCUUUUGUGCCGCUUGGUUGGCGCCAUUUUGCACAAUUUCAUUUUGUUAUACAAGUAUUCUUCAGGUGGUUGUUUGUCAACGAAAUAUUUCAACAACUGGAACCAACAAUCAUGAUCAAAAACUUUCAUCGAGACAUGUCAAAGAACAGGUGAAACGCAAAGCAGAGAUUAAACUUGCAUUCCUAGUAAUAAUUGUAAUAGCCCUAUUUUUUAUAUCGUGGACACCGUACGCAAUCGUGGCGCUUUUAGGUAUAUUUGGCCAAAAGAAUCUCAUAACUCCUAUAGCUUCAAUGGUACCGGCACUAUUUUGUAAAACUGCUGCAUGUAUAAAUCCCUUUAUUUAUAUUAUCACUCAUCCCAAAUUCCGUAAAGAAUUACAAAAAAUAUUGUAUAGAGAUAAAUCUAAACGUAUGAGCGGCACGUUAAGAACUACUGGAUAUUACACUGAUUCAAACAAGAUGCACAGGCCUAGCAAAGACUUAAGCGAUACGGAUGUUGAAAUUGUUGAAAUGAAAGACAUUCCCUACCAAUCUGACUUGCCUAGAAAAACUAGUUCUAAUUUAGAUUCAAUAUCGUCAAGAGUAUCUGAAUGCGACGAUUCACAAAGGAGCGUGAGUUUGAAAAGCUUCGAUGAAAGUGUGGUGACGCCGCCUUCUCGUUACACUAAGCCACAGUUCAAGAAAAAAAAAAGUUUUCAUCCAAGCUCGUCGAAACGAUCCAGUCAGUAA